CAAGGACAAGACGACUGGAAUUAUUUCAGUCCUCACAGGCUAAAUGAGAAGCCUUUCUAUCACCAAAGAUGUAUUGGCUUUUGGUAUCUACCUUGCUAGGACUAGGACUGUGGCCAACAGCUAUUGAAGCGUGUAAUAUUAAUCUCAAUGGGGACAGCGGGAAGUUCUCGAUUGAUAAAACCUACUUGAAUAGGCCGGCAAACUGCUCAUGGACCAUUGGCAAAAACAGAAGUGAUAUCCGCUUUAUAGUCAUCAAAUUCGAACCAUUUGAUCUGGGAGAUCGCUGCAUUAGUAAUCAACAGCUUUACGUCGAAGUCGCUGAUGUGAACCACGAGUAUAAAGUGAGAGAAUGUGGCGGUGCGCGGUCAUUUGAAGUUCUGAUUAAGAAUCGCUCAGCAGUAGUGAGAUAUUACUCAGAGGUAGAUUACUUAAAUCCCUGGUACUGUCAUUGGUACUGGUGGUACCGUUGGCACGUGUAUUGCAACCAAUACAACCAAAAAAUUCGUUUCUCUUUCCAUGUUAUUCCACAAAACUUGACAGGCUUGAGUGCAAAGACCUGGAAACCUACUGUAAAACAGUCCAAACCUGGUGAAGUUACCAUUGGUUGGGAUCCAUCGUCACUGCCAUCAAAGAAUUAUAGUGUUGUACCGUUGUAUAACUUCACCGUGACAAGAGAACCAUUCCUAUACAUCAUUGAACAUAGAAAUGAAACAUCUAUUGCAGUGGAAUACCUUAAACCAGAUACUUCAUACACAUUCAAAAUCUUUGCUUUCGAUUCUACGAACACGACGAGGCCCUUGAUCAUAAGCACUACGUGGUCUGGUCUCAUGAGAAAUGAGAAACUGAGGUUAAUUGGUGGACAACUACCCAAUGAGGGAAGAGUGGAAGUGUUUAAUGAUACCUCGUGGAAAACGAUUUGCGCUGAUAAUUGGUGGGAUAUCAACGCUAUUAGAGUUGUGUGUCGAUCAUUGGGUCUUCCCAGUCCUCCUCAUUAUCUGUAUUAUGGAGCAUUCACAAGGACGUCACUCCCAGCGCACUUUCUAGAUGGUUAUCGUUGCAAUGGGACGGAAACCAAUCUAGAAGACUGUCAAAGGUUCGGUCCACAAUCAUUCUGCCAGCACUACCCAAAUUACCAAGCUGAACUAGUAUGUGGACAUCCACCAGUUUUCCAUCAAAAUAUCACUGAGAUGACUGGUGUUAUUACAAGCCCUGGAUAUCCAUCAUUCAUGAUGCAAGCAGAUUACCGCUGGACAUUCAUGCCUAAUUUGACACGUGGACGUGUGGUUCUAUAUUUUGAUGAGCUCGAUUUACAACGGCAUUCGCCUGACAGAGGUUACAGCAGUGUCUACAUCCAGGAAUCAGGCAGAGAGUAUCGCAACGUCUUGCAGAAUGGGGCUGCUACAGUGCUCACUUUAGCAGGGCAAAUUAAGUUCUAUUCAUCUUCGUCAACACGUCGACUUAUUAAUAGGCACUAUGGCAAGGGAAUGCGAGCAAGAUACUUUUCCUACAGUGAGCCAGUGUUUACACUAAAGAAUUGGACCAUAUCCUUAUCGAGCCUGCACUACAACAGAAUCACUGCUAGGUGGACUCGGGUUACUGUGUCAGGCUACGAUACUGUUGGUUUUUUGAUAUCCUGCAAUUCUACUCAACAUUGGGCAAACGAAACAUUUUACAAAUAUGGAGAAAACACUUCAACAUCUGUGAGUUUUAAUGAGCUGAUUGGAUUCACUCACUAUAACGUGUAUGUGUUAGUCAUUUUAAAGAAACAUGGGGACGGCGUCUGUACGGCAUACAAGAGUUUAAUGGCGUCUAUAACAACUCCUGAAUCAUAUCCAAUGAGUAGUCCUCAAGGAGUUUACUCAACUGACAUCACAUCAGAUUCAGCGGUCAUUGGCUGGAAGGCAAUCCCCCAAAAAGAAACUCACGGUUUUCUUCUUGGAUAUUCUGUACAGCUCUACCGCUAUUAUUACAACACUGCUAGCUAUGUAUAUGUAAAAGAAAUCAAAACAAAAGCUAUAUCAGUAGCCUUAAAUGACCUUUCACCUUUGAACCAAUAUCAAGUGUGGAUUCAAGGUUACACUGCAGUAGGAGGAGGACCAUAUGCAUUCCAUUAUUUUUCGACAACGUGUGAUGUAUAUGUAGAUGGAGACAGUGGAGAAAUCUUAAUUAAUGAAACCUACUUGAGUAGGCCGUCAAACUGCUCAUGGACCAUUGGUAAAGGCAGGAGUGAUAUCAAUUUCAUAGUAAUCAAAUUCGAACCAUUUGAUCUUGGAUAUUAUUGCAAUCAAUAUCAAGAACUCUACGUUGAAAUCGCUGAUCUAAAUCACGAGUAUAAAGUGAGGGAAUGUGGUGGAUGGCGAUCAUUUGAAGUUGUCAUCAAAAAUCGCUCAGCAGUAGUGAGAUAUUAUUCAGAGAUAAGUUACUUAUACUACUGGUACUGCCGCUGGUACAGUAGCUGGUACUGGCAGUCGUACUGCAGCCAAAGUGUCCGCGUCUCUUUCCAUGUUAUUUCGCAAAAUUUGGCAGCAGGUUUGAAUGCAAAGAGCUGGGAACCUACUUUAAAACAAUCCAAACCUGGUGUAGUUACCAUUGAUUGGGAUCACUUGACGCUGCCAUCAAAGAACUAUAUUGUUGUACCGUUGUAUAACUUUACCGAGACAAGAGAACCAUUCUUGUACAUCAUUGAAUUAAAAAAUGACACAUCAAUAGCAGUGGAAUACCUUAGACCAUCAUCUUCAUACUCGUUCAAAGUCAUUGCUUUCGAUUCUACGACGAACAAGACGAGACCCUUAAUCAUAAGCACUGUGUGGUCUGUUCUCAUGAGAAAUGAGACAUUGAGGUUAAUUGGUGGACAGUUAUCCAACGAGGGAAGAGUGGAAGUGUUCAAAAAUGACUCUUGGAAUACGAUUUGCGCUUAUUAUUAUUCGCGGAAUACCGACAUUAACAGAGUUGUUUGUCGAUCGAUGGGUCUCGCCAGUCCUCCUCAUAUUCUAUAUUAUGGAGCAUUCACGCGGACGUCAUUCCCGACGCACUUUCUAAAGGAUUAUUAUCGGUGUAGUGGAACAGAAAGCAGUCUCGAAGAAUGUUCACGCUCUGAUACACAAUCGAUGUGUCAGCACAACUCCUUUUGCCAAGCUGAAGUUGUAUGUGGACAUCCACCAGUUUUUCAUCAAAUUAUCACUGAGACGAAUGGUGUUAUAACAAGCCCCGGUUAUCCAUCAUCCAUGAAGCAAGCCGAUUACCGCUGGACAUUCAUGCCAAAUUUGACACGUGGACGUGUGGUCGUUUAUUUUGAUGAGCUCGAUUUACGGCGGCAGUGGCCUGAAACUGGUUUCAGCAGUGUUAACAUCCAGGAAUCAGGCAAAGAAUACCGCAACAGCUUGUAUCAUGGAGUUGCGACAGUGCUCAGUUUACAAGGCCAACUUCAGUUCUUUUCGUCUUCUUCGACUCGUCAAAUUAUCAACAGACAACAUGGCAAGGGAAUACGAGCUCGUUAUUUUUCCUACAGUGAACCAGUGUCUACAAUAAAGAAUUGGACAUUAUCAAUAUGGAGCUACAGCUAUGGUAGCUUAACUGUGAGUUGGAAUCGGGUUACUUUUCAAGACUACGAUAUCUUUGGAAUUUUGGCAUCUGCGCAAUACUGGGCCAACAAAACUCAUUACAAAUUUGGACAAAGCCAUUUGACAUCCGUAACUUUUAAUGGACUGUUUGGGUACACUAUCUAUGACGUGCACGUCUUGGCCCUGUUAAGAAAGGAAAAUAACGGCACUUGUACGGCAUACCAGAGUUCAAAGGCCACUAUAACAACACCUCCAAGUAGUAGCCCUCAAGGAGUUUAUUCCACUGAUAUAACAUCGAGUACAGCAGUUAUUGGGUGGCAGGAAAUCCCCAGAAAAGAUGCUCGUGGUGAACGUCUUGUAUACAGUGUUCAGCUCUACAAUUAUAACACUUACAGAUAUGGAAAAGAAAUAAAAACCAACGAUACAUUAGUAAUCUUAACAGAUCUUUCACCUGCGACCGAUUAUCAAGUGAGGAUUCGAGGCUACACUGUAGUUGGAACAGGACCAUAUGCAUACCAUCAUUUUUUGACAAUAUGUGGUGGUACUAUAAAGAACCAAUUACAUGGGAGGAUACACCUUCAGGAUGUUUAUAGAUGGUAUAUAACCUGUACGUGGAAACUGGUUGCACCAGCUACGAACACACUGAUCUUAUUCGUUUUGGAAUCACUUUAUUUACCAUUAUCCUUCGGUUGCAAUGAUUUCUACUUGACCAUUAAAGACGGCCAAGGAAACUCAUUACAAGGCAGAAUAUGUGGCUCAAGACAAUCUUUGUCUUUCAUGUCCCUUGGUUUUACUGAAAUAAACGUUUAUUUGAGAAGACCAGGAAGGUCGCCAUACAUGUACUCAUCUUUCUUCAUGCUUGAAAAUGGACUUGAAAAUGUUCCGUACAUCGAAACCUGGAACAUUUCGUCUUCCACGAACAGUUCAACAUCAAUCAACGUCAGCUGGGAUAAAUAUCCAGGAAAUGAAAGCGUCAGYAAAUAUGUUGUGAUUUGCACUGCCAAUAAUCACCACAGAAAUGUUUCAGCAACUUCAACCGAUGUACAAAGUCUUAAUGCAGUUGUCCAGAACAUGUUGAAAAACACUGAAUACAGAGUAGUGGUAGUGGCAAUGCUUGUGAAUUCCCCGUUGGUUAACCUCACAGGCGUUAAUGGUACGAUAUCCAAAAGUCAAGAAGUUGUUUUAAAGACUGCAGAAGAUGUGCCAAGCAGGCCGCCUCAAAACAUUAUUGCUAGAAACGCUGGAUCAAAAACACUAGUUGUCAGUUGGAAUCCUGUUGACAAUGAGUUCACUAAUGGUGUAGUUGUUGGGUACUAUGUUUAUUAUCAAGUGGCAUGGACAGAUUUGAAUUCAUGGAAGAAAAAAUACAUCAAGGAUAAUAAAACAAAGGCAUAUCUAAAUAAUCUGAAAGAUGUCACACUGUACAGAAUCGAGGUGUCGGCCGCUACAAAAAUUGGUGAAGGUCCGAGAAGUAGGGGAAUAUUCAUCAAAACAGGGUGCCAGAUUGCUCUAAGUGACAGAUGUGGGAUAUUUGCCUCACCUAACUAUCCAAGCAACUAUCCAUCAAAUGCCAACUGUACUUGGAUAAUUUCUCCUCGGAGCUCAACUACUGAAAUGGUGGUUAUGUUYGAACACUUUGAUAUCGAAGAAGGGCAUAGCGGAGUUUGCAGCAACGAUUUUGUUAAAGUGUUUGACGUUCCUGGCAAAAUGUCAUCAAGUGCUGUUUGUGGUCUAAAACGUCCCUUCGCAGUUGUUUCAGCUCCAAGAACGAUUAUCAUCUUGCUUAAAUCAGAUGGAGGCAUGGAAAGAAGCGGAUUUCAAGCUGCUUACUUUCUACUAAGAGAUAAAGAUAAAGUCAUCCAACUAAAACAGAACAGCAAAAAUUCCACAGCAGCCUCASUGUCCUGGAGUUCACYUUCGUCCAGUUCAAUCGAUAGGUUUUAUGUUUUAUACAAACAAGAUGAAGUAARCGAAAACUGGAAAGUCGUUAAAACAGAAGCGUUAGCUGUAASCAUUAGUGGCCUUCUCCCUUCUACACCAUAUAUUGCCAAAGUCAUUGGCAAUAGCAGUGAAGCAGCUUAUUGGAGUAAUCCAGUGGAGUUUAUAACAGCCUAUUUACCAACGACUCCACAUCCUGAAACAGAACCAACGACAGAACCCACAGAAUCUGUGAAGCUGAUGUAUAGCUAUGGUACCAGUGAAGGUGACUUUACAAUCCCCAACACUUGGGAAUAUCGGCAUCGUUGUUUCAAGAUUACAUUUAAUGACGAUGGGUUUCUCUUCAUGACCAAGAGGCACUAUCAAAUAUAUGUAUGUCGUAAUGGUGUCAUGCGUUUUGGUAGUUCUUCGUAUCUUCACUGGCCAAACAACUUUGGUACAAGCUCCAAAUAUUGCGAUAUCGAUAUUCUGGCACCAUACUGGUCGUUGGCUGACAGACAACAUUCCCAAGUUUUYUAUCAUGUGUAUUCAUCGUUAGACAAUAACAUAAAGACCAAUAAGGUCAUUGAUCAGGCAUCCAACGAUGUACGUUUGCUAAAGCAGAACUCAUUACCAUCCACCUUCAAAGCUUCGUGGGUUCUAGUUGUAACAUGGRAUAAACUUCGUCACUCUACAAUCAAUGMUCAUACAAAAAACUUGAAAGGAAAAUUGUUCUUUGAGUUAUACAUGGAAUGGGCAGUUUCAAGAGGAGAGAGAGAAUGUAAAAGGUGGUUUAAAACUCAACCAGAUCCAAGACCGUUCCUGGAAUAYMUCGAACCAUGUCCUUGYACAUCUCGUCAAGCUUGGUUUGACGAACGGUUCACUCCACUUCCUGGAUUGCGUUGGUGGUCCAACCCAAGCCCGUGUGCUCUUUCAACAUUUACUUCYAUUGAUGGCUGGGAGCAAAAGUGCUGCUAUUCUCAUGAAUCUGGACAGUGGGGAGCAUUACUUGUAGGUCAUCCUAACGGAGGCUACUCGCACAGAUACAGUAAAAUCAAGCAAUCGGGAAGUCAUAUAAACAGUGAUGUCAUGGGCUACAAAUAUUGCUGUGUGGAUUCAAAUCUUUGCCAUCUUUUCUAUCAAAGAAGACCUUCAGAUGACUGUAGUCGAUAUGAGCCUCCAGAAUGGAGUUGGAUGUGGGGUGAUCCACAUUUUGUUACAUUGGACGGCAAAAACUACACUUUCAAUGGACUUGGCGAGUACGUUAUGCUCGAUGCUAAGAACGGUUUCUUCCAGCUCCAAUCAAGGACACGACUAGCGAAAGGAGAAGGAACAGCGACAAUAUUCUGUGCAGCUGUGAUGAAGGAAUACAAUUGCAGCACUGUGCAGCUCAAUCUUGCAGAGAAUGGUUCCAUGUCUGUAUUGAUUGAUGGUGAACUACUCGAUCUUAAAAUCGUYCAGAAUGGUUCCACCACACUAAAUGGAUCAGUAGUCGUUGCUCGCCCUCAGRACAACUCAUUUAAAGCCACAUAUCCAUCUGGAAUAUCGGUGACACUUACAGAAUCUAAAGGRGCUCUCUCUAUCUUAGUMGCUUUACCAAAAUCGUUUAGAAAUAAGACGAAAGGUCUUUUGGGAACUUGGAAUGGUAACAAGCUUGAUGACUUUACUACACCAAGUGAGAGUGUUCUUCCUGACGACGCAACUAGUAGGGAGAUUCACUUUGAGUUUGGACAGAAAUGGCAAGUUAACGAGACGAGUUCUCUGUUUACUUACAACGUCAACGAGUCUGUCUCUACCUUCUCUAACACCUCCUUUGUACCAAUGUUUGUCGACGAAUUAAAGUUUGCAAACAAAACUCUUGAGAAACAGGCUAUGGCUGAAUGCAAGGGCGAUAUCAAUUGCUUGUUUGACGCAGCCUCUACAAAUGAUAUCUCAGUGGGCCUGGACACCAAAGUAGUUGGUUCUCAAUUAGUUAACGACUCUGCAACGCUGAGCAAUUCUCCACCAAAAUUUCCAAACUAUACAUCAGCAAUACUUCUUACGAUCAAUGUUACGAAACAUCUUCAAAUCCCUGUUGAGGACAAUGAUGGGGAUUCUAUUACAUUCAACGUAACUGGAUUACCAAAAGGUGCCAUUGUCACAACAAACAGUUCAACAGUUUCGGUAUCGUGGGAUGUUUCGAUCGAAAAGGUUAGUCUUGAGGUUAUUGCUACAGAUGACAAGGGCGCAGUUUCUGUUUUAAGACCACUAUUCUAUUUAUGCGCAUGCCACAAUGGAGCAGAAUGUAUUAAACCACGAGAUGGAAUCCAAAGCCAAAGCGACAAUCAUUUUACAAUCCUACCAUGCGACUGCAAAGGUGGUUACGCAGGACAGUAUUGUGAAUAUGAUAUCGAUGCUUGUAAAGUCAAUCUAAAUCCAUGUUAUCCUGGGGUUGAGUGUAAAGAUCUUCCUGCCCCGGCAAAUGAGAGUGGGUACGAGUGUGGACCGUGUCCAUCUGGAUUUUCAGGRAAGGGCGAUUCAUGYGAAGAUAUCGAUGAGUGUCGAGAUGGCUCUAAUCACGGYUGUUCACAAAUAUGCUACAACAACCCUGGGUCGUUCGUUUGUGGUUGCAAAAAUGGUUACACUCUGAAAAAUGAUGGAUCUACUUGUGAAGAUGUCAAUGAAUGUCAACCUUUAGCUGAUUGUAUGCAGAAGUGUGAAAAUACUCCUGGAAGCUAUCAAUGCAGCUGUCACAAAGACUUCAAAGAGGACCCUUCUGAUCCAAAAAAAUGCAUCCCCAAGUUUCCGUGCAAAGAUGGGGACCAUGGUUGCCAGGAUAUUUGCUUCGAGUCUAAUAACGUAGCGACCUGCGCCUGUCGUAUGGGAUAUCAGCUACAAUCAGACAAAAAGUCAUGCGCAGAUAUCGAUGAAUGCAAAGCAGGACUAGACAGAUGUAAUCAGCUAUGCUACAAUAAUGGAGGCGGUUACUAUUGCACUUGCCUUAAAGGUUUUCGUCUCAGUGCUGACAAUGUGACCUGUGUGGAUAUCAAUGAAUGCCUGGAGUGGACCUUCAAUUGUUCAGCCUCACUGAGGUGCGAGAAUACCAUUGGAUCCUACAACUGUAGAUGCCAAAAAGGCUUGUAUUGGAUCGAUAACAGGUGCCGAGAACUUACAACAGGGGAGAAGAAACCUGCCCCUAAGCCUCCACCAAAACCUCCAACCCCCUCCAAAGAAGAUCUCCGUAAUUCUGUUAACGUUACAAUCAAAGAACUCGACACUGCAGAGUGGAAUCUACAACUCGACCUUGACUUUAAAAAGGGUGUAGCACGUGAAGUAACUACAUUUUGUGCGAAAAAYARUUGUCUUCAACAAAAWGGACGYCRGAGGUAAAGCGAUCGAUAUUUGAUUAUACUGUCACUUGUACUAAUGCUUUUAAAGGUCUGGAGAGUGCAUGAAAUACCUAUGUAAGUUAAUCUGUUUAUCCAAAGAUAAUUUGAGAUGCUAAACAUAUUAGUUCAAUYUCAUUUCUUAGCAUGCCACAUAUUAAUUGACUGUAAGUAAUUCUGUKUAAGUGUCGUGUAUUUUUUCAUGCUGUUGAGUGUUCGUAUGAUAUUGCUGUUAUUUUUUUGUGUUGUUUGUUUCACACAAGAAUGAUGGCUAAUAUUUYURCAUGCMACUGCUGCAUAAAACUGUGCAAUAUAUAAAGUGCAAUUUCACUCCAAGAGUUGUGSAAAAGAAAGUUAUGGGACAAAAAUAGUAAAUCGGAAUAUAAGCAUAUAGCACACUAUUUGCGGCUUACUAUUCUCAAAGAAAGCUGCUCGAAUAGAUCUUAUAUAAUAACUACGAAUGCACGUUAUUCUGGUUUCCUUUCUUAUCAGACGGUCAAACAGCUAUAUAACAUUCACUUCAAACCAUGUAAACCUUGUUGGUUUCCCAAAGCAGCUUUUUAAUGCACGAUCUGGCAGUAUGGACGCCCUUGUCGUAUUCUACGUCAAAUUUCCAUCAGGAGUUGCUUCUGAUCUUGGUGACUCUCUUGACGGUGAUAUACUUGUCGAUAUCAUUAAUGGCUCACUUGGUAAUAUCGGCAAAGACAUUGGAAAGACCUUGUUGUCAGUCUCAAGGUACACGGCUCAAAUUCAGAGUACCACAGCGUCUCCAGAAACGACCUCUUUUGGGCAUGUUACUGAAAAGAGUAACUCACUUGCUUAUAUCAUUGGUGGAUCAGUUGGUGGUGCAAUCAUUGUUAUAAUACUAGUGGUUGUUAUCAUAAGUUGCUGUAAAAGACAAAAAGCAAAGAAACCUUCCAAGGACGAAAAGAUUAUUAGCGUUGAGAUGAACCAAUACCAGCAGCCGUCUUUUAUCUUUGAAAACCCAAAUAGAGAAUUUAACAUGUAAUGAACCUUUUAAUGACCACUCCAAACACCUUAUCUCGUGUGUGCUGAUAAAUUCAUAAAAAAAGCAAUUCAGCAUUUUGUUUCACUCCAAUGUCUGAGCUACAACCGCUACUAGUAAUAUCCUUGAUAUAUCUUAAGGAUUUCGUAGGUAAGUUAUAGUCAAGAAACCACUUUACUUAUAAGUAAUACCAUGGAACGAGGGAAAUUAGUGAUUAAAUUUCCCCGAAACCGAGGGAAAAUUUGUGGAAGGUAUCGGGGAAAUUUAAUCACUAAUUUCACGAGUGACAUGGUAUUACUUUGUAAUACUAUUAUCGGCGAGGAAGUAAGGAAACAUCUUUGAUAUCAUGUUCAGUUUUCUAGUCAAGGAAGCGUAAACAACGCCGCCAAAAUGCAUAACUAGCUCUUUAGCGUAUUGUACACCUAGGACACCUAGGCUUGAUAAUGAUGUAAUCAAACAAUAGUUUUCAAACACAUUACUUUGUCUUCAUUGUGUAAUUGAUUCAACAUUUGUUCGUUAGUACUAUUUCAUGCACUUGUUUUGUAGUCCCUUAGGGCACCAAAGAUAAUAUUUAUAUCGCAGAAUUAAAAUUCGUAUACAAUGCUCAAACAACAUGUCUGAGAGGUUUUCGUUUAGAACAGACAGCUAAGUUCAAUGAAUUAAAAUUGAUUAUAUCAGUU